CAUUCUCAGCGCUAGUUAACUGUUAUCGAUAACAGCCCAACUUCCCUUUGAUUUAGCUUUUGAAAAUUCAAGUCAUCCUUCUUUUUUUCAAACCUUCGAGGCGAUAUGACGAAAAUGCGCCUGUUAAAGGAGGAAAUCGCCCUGUUCCAUCAGAAGUCAACACAAAAAUACGAGGGGCUAGACGAACACGACCUCUAUGUCCUGUACAAGAAGCUCCAGAUGGAACUGGAGCUCAUCCAGGUACAGGAGGAUUACAUUAAAGAGGAGCAGCGCAACUUAAAGAAGGAGUUCAUACACGCUCAGGAAGAAGUAAAGCGCAUUAAGGCCGUUCCCCUGGUCAUUGGCCAGUUCUUGGAGGCGGUGGACGAGAAAAAUGGAAUAGUGGCCUCAACCACCGGCUCCAAUUACUACGUCCGCGUCCUGUCCACCAUUGAUAGAGAGCAGCUGAAGCCCUCCUCGUCGGUGGCACUUCACAAGCAGAGUAACUGCCUUGUGGACCUGGUGCCACCGGAGGCAGACAGUACCAUUUCGAUGCUAUCACCGGAUGAGAGGCCCGAUGUCAACUACUCUGAUAUCGGUGGUCUUGACAUGCAGAAGCAGGAGAUUCGCGAGGCCGUCGAGCUGCCUUUGACGCACGCCCAGCUGUACAAACAGAUUGGUAUUGAUCCGCCGCGUGGUGUGCUCCUUUUUGGACCACCUGGAUGUGGUAAGACCAUGCUGGCCAAAGCGGUGGCCCAUCACACCACUGCCUCAUUCAUCCGCGUUGUUGGCUCUGAGUUUGUCCAGAAGUACCUGGGCGAGGGACCGCGCAUGGUGCGGGAUCUCUUCCGCUUGGCCAAACAGAAUGCUCCUUCGGUCAUCUUCAUCGAUGAAAUCGAUGCGAUUGCCACCAAGCGUUUUGAUGCCCAGACUGGUGCGGAUCGUGAGGUGCAGCGUAUCCUGCUGGAGCUGCUUAAUCAAAUGGACGGCUUCGAUGAGACCACAAACAUUAAAGUCAUCAUGGCCACCAAUCGCGCUGAUACCUUAGAUCCCGCUCUAUUGCGUCCCGGUCGUCUAGAUCGUAAAAUUGAAUUUCCACUUCCGGAUCGUCGGCAGAAGCGCCUGGUGUUUACUACAAUCACCUCCAAAAUGAAUGUGGGUGAGGAUGUUGACCUCGAGGAGUUGAUAGCGCGCCCGGAUAAUAUCUCCAAUGCCGACAUCAAUGCCAUUUGCCAGGAGGCGGGAAUGCAUGCAGUGCGUGAGAAUCGGUAUGUGGUCAACGCCAAGGAUUUUGAGAAGGGCUACAAGACCAGCGUGCGCAAGGACGAAGCUCAACAUGAGUUUUAUAGCUAAACAUUUCAUUCAAGCGCAACCAUAUUUCGUAUCUAAUUUAAUAAUGAUUUAAUAUUUAGUUCAAUAUAUGACCAUUAUGACUAUUAUGA